AUGCCAUUUGGGGAGGAAGGGCGCGUGCCCCUGGGUCGCUUUUCCUCCCCGGCCGUCAGUAUGAAACGUGGUUAUGAACAGUGCGGUGCGACUACCCAAUUUUGGCCUUUUGACAAAAAGUCACGUUACGAUGGCAACCAUACACUGAUACCUUUUCUCUACCACACUCUUCCUCUCACUUUUUUCUCUCUAUCUCUCAUGCCAACCAGCCUCAACUUUUGUGUCUGUUUAAUGCCUUUUAAUUUCUCUUUUGGUUAACAAUUCUGGACACCCUCUGCUGAGACACUGUUAACUCUCAACGAUAAAAUCAAAAGGUGCCAGAGUGAAAAUGGUGGUCGAGAUAUAUAGGAAGGGCCAGUCAGCCCUUCCGACUUCUUCGAUUGAAUCGCCGUUCUACAUGCAGCACAUCAUCCACGGACGGCCAUUGGUUGUCAUGGAGAGAAAAGAGGUCGUAGUCGGUGCGGCCCUAGUGACUGGAGCGCUGCUUUUGCUGAUUGCGGCUGGAUUCGCUGUUUAUUUCUGCUGCAGACGACGGCGAAAAACGUCUACAUCGGCGGACCCGGAGUCGGACCAGCAGCCGACCACGUCACGGUCGCUCAAUGGGUUCCUUUCGCUUAAAACGCCACUUAUCUCGACCAAGACACUGGGGUAAGUCUUUUGCACGAAUUACUAUCUCAAUUGUUUUUCAAGAUUUUAAAUCGAACCGUAAUUGAAGAGUAUAUAUUCAUUAUACU